UUGAGCAUUACGUAGAAAAGUAUUCUCUUUAUAUUAUCUUCAAUAAUUAUCAAUGCAAUGCAUGUUGCGUAUGCCUACAUAUGUACGUAUACGUACAUACGUACUGAUAUACGUCUUCUGCAAAAUAUAAAGGAAACAAGAGGCUACUGAAAAUGACAGAUUCUAUGAAGUUUGGUCCAGAAUGGUUGCGCAAUAUGUCGGCGGAGCCUUCAGGAUCUUCCAGUAGCAAUAACGUUGGCGUAGGAGCCAACAGCUCGCUGGCAACGCACAGCCUUGCAAACAACACGACACCAGCAGCUGCAGCUUCCUCUCGCAACAUGUUUCCAGAGUACCGAUAUGGACGUGAGGAAAUGCUGUCUCUGUUUGAUCGGCACUGUUUGUUGCCCCAGAUUUUACCUUCGUUUAAGAAACUUUUUGUGGACAAGGUUCAGUAUCCGCUUGCCCUGACGCCCAGCACUGAAGAGGACAAUAAUCAAAUUGGGAGUAGCUCUCGGCCGGCCUGGUUGCAACGCUCAACGGGCGGAUUUGGAACAGCUCCGCGUGGCACUGGACGUGGUGGAACAGUCGAUCGGGGCCGAAUGCGUGGAAAAUCAGUUUAUCAUCCGAUAUAUCAGCGCCCUGGCGGUCUAUACGAUGAAGGUCUGUCAGCUAUGUCCAUCAAGACCGAACGAAACUGGAACGAGCGAAAUGGAACUGGUGAUGCAGUGCCUGUUAGCACAGCACUGGGUAAUUCGGGGGGCCUGGACUGGAACGGUACACCAAGUUCGAGUCCCAGAAAAGAGUUCUCCAGUCAUCAUCGCAACAUGGAAAACUGGCGCCGCAGCCGAAACGAAGAUGGAUCUGGAGACUGCCCGAUUGCAAGCAACAACCUAUCUGGAUCGGAUGUUGCCGGAUGGAGAAGCAGUGCUGGAGGAGGAAGUACCAAUUCUAGCUUUGGGGCUAACACGCAACGCUGGGGUCGAUCUACCAGUUGGCGCGACGAGGACUCCCACUUGGAUGGUUUGGCCAGUAUACAGCGUUCUAUUUCGACCGUUGGGACUGUAGACGUUGACCGUGAGCGGGGAGGAAGCGGUAAGACAGGAUCGGGAGUGGUUUCUUCUUCUGUCCGUCAAUCGGGCGCUAAAAACUCUCAAUUGUGGUCUGGCGGCGGCGGUGAUACCGAGGACAAUCUUCCCGAGUGGGCUAUGGAGAAUCCAUCCGAAUUGGGUGGCACCUUUGAUUCGAGUGGCGCCUUUCACGGAGAUGCCGAUCUACAGAAGGCAGCUAAGGCAGCAGCUGGGCAAAGGGACUCCACUGAUGCGGUAAACUCUGCGGCUUCAAGCUCUAAUAACAACUUACCUCAGACUGGGAGCAGGAAUCACACUGACGGAGAGAAUGAUGCAGGCGAAAAGGAGUUUGACGGGAAGAUAGAAUCGAACCCAAUAAAAUUCCCCGACUUGAAUGAAAGCUGCCAACAGUCUCCAACAGCCUCAAUUGGUGAAGCUGUCCACGGGGAUAUAUCGGAUAGAAUCAAAGAAGUGGCCGAUGAGGUUGAGAAACUGAUAAUGGACGAUGAUAACAGUGUCUCCCAAAAUCAUAGAGAACCACAAAUAGAUAGCGACCGGUUCGCAACUACAAUGCCUGGUCUAGCAGAGAUUGAAAUGAGCAUUAAGUCGAACACUGUGGGCGACACUGUUCUGCUUCAGCAUCCGCAUCCUCAUCCUCCGCAUCCCGCGAUACCUAUUGCAGUACAGAAUACAAGCAUUGCCCAUCGUCCAUCGCAUCAACAUCCGAGUCUACCUUUUCCGGACCAGUUGGCUAUGCAACAUCACCACCAUCUGCACCACCAGCACCAACAGCAUCUGACAAUGCUUCCUACAUCGCAGAUAAUGAAUUCGAAUCCGAAUCCGAAUGAGUUGUGGUUCUACCGCGAUCCUCAGUCGAAUGUUCAGGGGCCGUUCAGUGCCAUGGAGAUGACGGAAUGGUAUCGGGCCGGCUACUUCAAUGAAAAUCUGUUUGUGCGCCGCUUCUCCGACAGUAGAUUCAGGCCACUGGGCGAGCUAAUAAAGCUUUGCCACGGUAACAUGCCAUUCUCGCACAGCCAUUUGCUGCCUUCACCGAUGGAUUUAGACAAUCUUCCCAUUGGACAGAUGCCAGCCGCUCUUCCAGUUCCACUUCCACUUACGCCGCGCAAGCCAUCGUCAGCUGCGCUCUCAAUCUCUUUGGGCGAACAGCAAUUGCAGCAACAAAUGCAAAGAGAAGAGCUCAAAGCGAAUGUGACCACCGCCGCAGACUCGCUGAGCGCCGCCAUUAAAGGAAAUCUGGGCGGAAAUGCCUUGGACGCCACAUCCCAUAUGCUGACCAUGCGAUUCCAGAUGCUGCAAGAUCAGUACUUGCAGCACCAAGAGUACCAGAUAGUCAAGGAGCUGUCCAAAAACGAGUGCUUUCAGCGCCUCUCUGCUGUUGAGCGGGAAUCUGUAGUGCGGCGCAAGGUUCAGUUGCUCGUUCUGCCAGAGUACUUGAGCAGCCUGAGCGGGCUGAGUAACUCGCUGGCUGUACUUAAUCCGGCAGCCGGGAGCCAGUUGUACCAUGUGAUAGCUGAGCAGGGUAAAAAGGAUCAGCAGCAGCUUUUUGCCAAAAGCUCAGACCAGCAGCGGCCCCUGGGCAAUCUUCUGGAAGCAAACAACUUCAUACACAACGCCAAACUGAUGCAUCAGCAAACCCAGCAGGUUCAGACUGCUUCGCAUCCGUCGCAGCAACCUGCGGAACAGGUAGCUCUGCCUGGAUCGGCAGCUGAGCCGAAUAACAUUGACGAAAUGCAUGGCAGCGAUAUGGAUUUACUAACCGAAUACAAUUUGCGUAUGUUGCUGCGAGGACAGCCCACCGUUGGGCAUCCGCAGCCUCCGCUAACAACUCUUGGCAGUGACAAUCCCACUGGUGGGGAUUUCAUGACUGAGCCACGAAUGCUGGCAGCGCAAAACCUGAUGAUUCCAAUGUGGCUGCCUGCUCAACCACCAAACCCCAACCAAAACCCGCAGUGGUCUGGAAUGGCAAACGCAAAGGUCACCUUGUGGGACGUGGCAACUUUGGAAGAGGAGCAGAGCCAACAGCAACAGCAGCAGCAAUUACUAGCUCAACAGCAGCAACAGAAAUUCAUGGCAGGUGCAGAGCAAGCUCCAGGUGCUGGUGCAACUGCAUCAGCAGCCCCUGACUCUCCAUCAGUGGAUAACUUGGGCGAUCGGUCCCAGGCUACUGACAAUCAAAACAAUCAUCUAAAGAAGUUGCUCAGUCCAAUGCCAGCACAGACAGUGAUUGCGGAUGUGGAGCCACUCAAGGAUCAACAUCCAUCACAGCCUCUGGCACAUAUCAAACAAACUAAUAAGCAAAACUUGGCUGCCAGAUCGCCCCAGCUGUCGGCACCGACUAAGUUCAUUAAUGAGGAAGAGCGGCGGCGCGAGAUAGCUGAGGAAAAGCGGCGACUCAAGGAGGAGCGCAAGCGUCAACAACUGGAAGAGGAGAAACGCCGUGCCUUGCAGCUUGAAGAAGAAAAAACUCGACAAUCGCUGGAAGAAAGGGAACGACAACUGCAAAUACAAGGUCAGCGUCGAAAGGCCUUACUAGGUAGCGCACAAGCACCAGUUCAAGGUACAGCAACAGGAACAGCCGUAUCUGCAGCGAGCACCAAGCAUGGCGUUGCCAAGGCGGCGGAUCUACAAGCAGCUUCUCGUUCGGCUGCCACAUCAAUUGCGCCAUGGUCGCUUCGAUCGCCGAAAGCCAGUAGCGCCGCGCCUGGACUGGCAGAGAUACAGAAGGCAGAAAGGCGAGAACGCCGCGCGGAUCAGCAGCGACAGCAGGAACAGUUGGAUAAACAAAUGCGUGCCACUGCAGCAGCUGCGGCCGAGGCGAACGAUGCUCUGCUUAAGUGGCAGGCAGCACCCGCUCCAGCGACCGUAAUGAGCCUAGCUGAUAUUCAGGCAGAGGAGGCCAAGCGGCUGGCAAAUGAGCUCAUGGAACAGCAGCGGCGUCGCGAAAUAGAGCAACAGCAACAGGCUGCCAUUGCAACAAAUGUGGGUGGGACGUGUGGCCUGUCCAACAUCUGGGGAACUGCCAAUAAGGCUUGGAGUGCAUCGACGUCUUCUUCGCUUUCAUUGGCUACAGGCGCUCGUCUAUGGGAUGAUCCCAAUUCCCCGUCGGUCAAUCAAAUAGUUUUGCAACCGUCUGGCAGUGCCAGUGCUACUGGACCAGUCACUGCUGCGGCUGUUCUAGCCGCAGGUCUGCUUUCGGCGGAAAAACAUAACUUAAACGCACAGUCCAAGUCGACAACUGCUUUGGAAUCACCACGAAAUUUGCGUAAGAGUCAGACCGUGCCGACCAUGCAAAACGUGGCAAAAACGACCAAGGCUGUUGGCGGACCACAACAGCUUCCUGAGAAGAACAAAACGAUUCAUAUAAGGGCGAGUCCGAAAGUGGCACCUACGGCGGCUGAAGAAAAGGACAAGGAAAGAAAAUCGAGUGGCAAGGGGCCUAUAGACCAGGCCAGUAAUAAAGUAAACGAAUAUGAAAACGAGUUUACUAGCUGGUGCAUGAGAAGCCUAGACAAUAUGACCGCCAAAGUGGAUGUACCCACGUUUGUUGCAUUCUUGCAGGACUUGGAGGCACCAUAUGAGGUGAAGGACUAUGUGCGCAUAUACCUAGGCGAGGGAAAAGAUUCUUCCGACUUUGCCAAACAAUUUCUGGAGCGGCGCAGUAAAUACAAGAGCUUGCAGCGUGCUCAAAACGCGCACAAUGAUGAUAUGUGCAAGCCCGCUCCGGCUAUAACACCAUCAGGAAACGAUAAUACCGAAAGCAAGAACAAGCAGAAGAAGGUCAAGAAGAACAAAAUGACUAAGAUGGACGCACGCAUUCUCGGUUUUUCGGUAACCGCUGCAGAGGGCCGCAUUAAUGUUGGCGUUCGGGACUAUGUCGACGGACCAUAACCACUCCGGAAGCAGCAACGACAACCUCAAGUUUUAUGUAGAAUGAGAAACCUUAUUAAAUAUAGAUUUGAAUUGAAGGCCGGGUAAUAAUUGGACUUAUCCCUGUUCAAAAUAAAUCCGUAUAUACAUAUGUGACUAAUAUUCGUGUAACUUAAUACUUACAUAUGUGCAUAUGUUACUAACGGUAAGAGGAAGAGUCUAUUGAUUGGAUUAUAUUGAUGUCAAAAUGCAGGUAACCCUCGGUGUUGGUCAAAAUUCAAUUUUAUUUGAAAUGUAAAUAAUUAUUUAUUUAAAAAAUGCUCCCAUGCCAAAGUUUACACAAUUUCAAUAUUAUGCGAGCAACAGACUAACUCCUGGAAUCUAAUCGAAUCGUUUUCGGCGUUGAGAAAUACACCUACAACACAUUAUCUAUUUUCUAUAAAAUGGAAACAUUUUUUGAAGUCCCCGAUAAAAAGUUAAGUUUACCAUUUCAGUCAAAUAUCCCCACUUAAGCGACUUUUUUUUAUCAGUUUCCUUACAGUUUACUUAUAACUUGUUAUUGAAAGAAGGUAAGCGUGUUUUUGUAACCGCUUUAAGGCUUAUGGCCUUAAAUAUUUGUAAUUUUGCAAUAAAAAGUAAACAAAAAAGUUGUACAAAUAAAA